AUGCCAUUUGAGUCUAUGCCUGACGCGCCACUGCUCUGCCCAUCCGACAAGGCUCGUCUCGUGAUUGCCUUCGUCAUUGCGAAGCACGUGCCGAAUGGCCUUACUCCUAUAGAGUAUGUGAGGCGGCUUCGAAACGCAUUUCCUGUAUCAUCGAGUAACGAUGGUAUUGCAAGCCCGUGGAUUGAGCAAAUCGAGCUUCUUCAACAAGAGUUGAAGUUUGCUCGGGCAAGCGAAGCCCAUGCGAAGCUUGAGCUUGCAUCCUAUCAGAUCCAGCAUCCCCCUUCCUCGGCGCCAGGGAUAGAUGUUGAUCUUCCAGUGGGCGAGGCCAUAACCAAACGUUCUGCCCCAGACUCUCCAUCAUCUGGGUCCAAAAAGAACCCCAAAAGGAAGAGAAAGCAAGCCGAUACCCGUUCCACGAAUUCUUCAUCAAAACUUUCUUCCGCUGAACUUGAGCUUGCGUUAGAACAAAUACAACCGUGUAUUACCUUAGUCUUUGAUCCCGGGGCGCACAUACAAAGUAUAGGUCUAGUUGCGACCCUGCUACGUCUCAAAACUCAAACUCAAUCCGCCCAACUCUUUGAGGAUCCAGGAACAAUAUCGCACAUACAUAAUCUCGUCAAACGCUGUUUGACAGAUGUUGGCGCUCAUAUUCGCCAUGUAUGCACCAAUCCGAUAGACGAACGUUCGUUUGAUGGCUUGAACGCCCUGCAAACAAUUCUUCCACCACUCCUAAUUGCCACCACUCACAUAUCCCGCCCAGGCCCAGACCUUUCGCACGCCCUGGUCACACUCGUUCUUCCCAUUAUCCAUGCUUUUCAUCCUAUUUCGUUGGCAUUGGUUUAUCCUGCCAUGCGAGCGACCGUGCCCAGCCGGACUCGGCGGGGCAAGCCUAAAACAGGUGCACGCGCCGUACGAGAGUCCGAGGAGAUGUCUGCAGCAUAUCUAGCCGACGUUCGACCGGGGCUAUCGGCCAUUCUGUCUAUGGUGGCGCGGGCAGGAAUCGGGAAUGGCAUGAUGUAUGCGGUCUUACCGGUCGCAUGCAAGGCAAUUCGUGACCUCUGUGCAACAGUCACGCAACCCCGAGACUCUGACCGACGAACGAUCCGUACAGGUGCCUGGGCGGUGCGAGAUUCCGUAUGGUACUUGUGCAGUGCUUGCCACACUGUAUUGGAAGGCAUACGACUUACCAACCAAGAUGCAGAGCUAUUGGGUAGUUGUGCGGAUCUAGUCGUCGAGGCACUACGAUUGGGUGUAUGCACUGAGACGCGCGUUCUUGAUAAGGCGCAGCUCGGAGCCCAAGAGGCGCGUCCGAGUCAACCUCUACCAAUUGCUUCGCGAACGCACAUGAAUGAUGCGGUGCGAGAUAUGCUAUGCGCGCUCCUCGAACGGAUCAUGCUCGGGUUUCCAAGUUCCUGA